AUGAAGACUUCCAAAGAUAUCAUAGCAAGAGAGGUUACAUACUACGUAGUACACGGUACGAAUGCAUCAGCCAUGGUUCCGGCGGCAUCGCCACUUCGAGAGCACCGACUUCGUCUGUCCACGACCGACCUACGUACGACGUCGUAUCCAGUCAGAAAUCCACUUGGAUCUCUGGAAUGGUUGGUUGGCUCCCUCGCCAUCGUCGAGAGUUGA